AUGGCGCUACCUUACGCGCUCUGGCUAACCACAUUCCGCGGAAGGUUUCUAUCGAACUUCAUUCACAGGCGCAUUCUGAACCCCACCUUCUUACCAGCCAUUCUCCGAACGCUCCGCGCUACGCUCUUUCCAAACAACGCUCUCGGACCCCCGCGUCAGCUGCCGACAGAUGACGAAGUCAAGGAAAUCAAGCAGCGUUGUGCCGUCUCUAUACUUACCUUGUUACCGCCGAGCCUAGCGGCGAAAUUCUUUGCGUCCGAGAAGCGCGAAGUACAACUUGCGAAUGUCGAAGAAGUUUUGAGCUGUCUUGACGACACAUAUCUUAACAAGCAUCUGAUUUUUCAGAUCGUCGAGUUGAUCGUUCUACGGCUAUUUCCGGAACUAGGAGUCCAUGGUUCAGUCGUUUUCGUGGACCGAGUUAGGGUAGAGUCUAUCGAUGCUAGCUUGCAAUCGUCUACCUGCAAGGACUUCACCGCCACACACAUGACAAUCCAAACAGUAACACCCCCUUCGAAAGGAUCAUUUCGCGGCAUUUGUUAG